GCGCUGCUGCUGCUGCCGCCACCACAGGAGGGUAGCUGGUUGACUGAGGAGGCAGCCUCAGGAGAAGGUUGCGGCGCUCAAGCGCUCCUCGCCCGGGUUCCCGCUCGUUUCAUCCGCUUGCCGGGUUAGGAGGAAAGCGCCGCCAUGAGUGACGUGGAGGAGACCAACUUCGAGGGGAGGGAGUCGCGCUCCCAGUCAAAAUCUCCAGCUGGGAGUCCUGCUCGUGUAAAAUCUGAGAGCAGGUCAGGAUCGCGUAGCCCAUCGAGAGCUUCUAAGCAUUCUGAGUCACACUCUCGAUCAAGAUCAAAAUCCAGGUCCAGGUCAAGAAGGCAUUCUCACAGGCGUUACACUCGCUCUAGAUCCCAUUCUCAUAGAAGGCGAUCACGAAGCAGAUCAUACACCCCAGAGUACCGACGUCGAAGGAGCCGCAGUCACUCUCCAAUGUCUAACCGAAGAAGGCACACUGGCAGCAGAGUAUGUAGUGCUAAUCCAGAUCCUAAUACAUGCCUUGGCGUGUUUGGCCUCAGUUUGUAUACUACUGAGAGGGAUCUUCGUGAAGUCUUCUCUCGUUAUGGACCUUUGAGCGGUGUCAAUGUGGUUUAUGAUCAACGAACUGGACGAUCGAGAGGAUUUGCUUUUGUUUACUUUGAAAGAAUAGAUGAUUCUAAAGAGGCAAUGGAACAUGCAAAUGGAAUGGAGCUGGAUGGCAGGAGAAUCCGGGUGGAUUAUUCUAUCACAAAGAGAGCACACACGCCCACACCUGGAAUCUACAUGGGCAGGCCAACCCAUAGUGGAGGUGGUGGUGGUGGAGGAGGAGGUGGAGGAGCUGGCCGUCGCCGUGAUUCCUAUUACGACAGAGGAUAUGACCGAGGCUAUGACAGAUACGAAGAGUACGAUUACCGUUACAGGAGGCGAUCACCUUCACCUUACUAUAGUCGUUACAGAUCACGGUCAAGAUCCCGUUCCUACAGCCCAAGGCGCUAUUGAAGAAGAGAAGCUAGUCACAGUUGCAAAUACAAUUUUUAAACAGCAAGUUCCGAACUUCGCUUUUCCUAUAGAUCCCCUGCAGUUAUCUGAAACCCUAUUAAAAGGUCCUUGGUUCAUUUAGAAUAUAUGUAUUUUCAGUUGAAAUACCAGUUUCCCAUCUCUUCUUAUUGUAAUACUCCAGGUGUAAUUGUUGUAGCUUUAUGUACUUAAAUAUCUUUAAGUGAAAACUAAAUAGGAAACCCAGAGUGGUAAUACGUUUUGUGAUUAUUUUUUAAAAGCAGGGGGAUUUUUGUUGAACGUAAUGGGGAAGGAAAACAGAAGUGUGUUAAAGCCUGCAUGUUGUGUUUCAGUAGAAAUCUACUGUUUUAAUGAACUGUUCAUCUUUCUGCCUAUUACUUUUGAGGUGGAAAGUGUUGUUCUUUAUUUUCAGUUAUAACCCAAGUCAGUGCAUGCUCUUAAACCAGAGCAUUUUCCCUCAUUUUCUCAAUGCAGUGAUUUAAUAAUAAUAAAAAAACAUUUGAGGGAAGUCUUUGAAAAAACAAAAUUCUCGUAUACUGCAAAUUUCACAUUGGCAUGUGUUUAAUAUAAUCACAGUGCUAAUAUGGGUGACAUUUGAAAUUUGGUUAAUAUUAAAUUGACUGGAAAACGUUCUUAUGUUUGCCCCAUAAUCAGGACACACCUAAUUUACUGGGCAUAGAAAAUAUUUGAUCUGUUCUCAGUAGUUCUAUAUGGAAAUAAAAUUAUGGUUAAGCAUGUUCUAUUUGGUACUAUGGAUUUCAAAACGAUUAUUUUGCUUCUCAAAAUAAAUUUAAAUUCUACCAGU